AUAAGACACUCAGGUGUUCUCGACCCGAUACAAAAGAAAUACAGUACCAGCAUUGCCAAUAUCGCAAUAUUUUACAUUUUAUUUCACCUUUGUAAAUACAAAGCCCGUUUCCAUAUGAGUUCGGAAAUUGUGUUAGAUGUAAAUAUAAACGGAAUACAAUGAUUUGCAAAUCAUUUUCAACCCAUAUUCAGUUGAAUAUGCUACAAAGACAACAUAUUUGAUGUGCAAAGUGAUAAACAUUUUUUUAUUUGCAAAUCAUUAACUUUAGAAUUUGAUGCCAGCAACACGUGACAAAGAAAUUGGGAAAUGUGGCAAUAAAUACUGAUAAAGUUGAGAAAUACUCAUCAAACACUUAUUUGGAACAUCCCACAGGUGUGCAGGCUAAUUUGGAACAGGUGGGUGCCAUGAUUGGGAAUGAAAGCUACUUCCAUGAAAUGCUAAAUAAUUCACAAACAAGGAUGGGGUGAGGGUCACCGCUUUGUAAGCAAAUUGUCGAACAGUUUUAGAACAACAUUUCUCAACGAGCUAUUGCAAGCAAUUUAGGGAUUUUACCAUCUACGGUCCGUAAAAUCAUCAAAAAGUCCAGAGAAUCUGGAGAAAUCACUGCACGUAAGCCAUGAUAUUACGGACUUUUGACCCCUCAGGCGGUACUGCAUAAAAAAAACGACAUGAGUGUGUAAAGGAUAUCACCACAUGGGCUCAGGAACACUUCAGAAAACCACUGUCAGUAACUACAGUUGGUGGCUACAUCUGUAAGUGCAAGUUAAAACUCUACUAUGCAAACCCAAACCCAUUUAUCAACAAUAUCCUGGAGCGCCGCCGGCUUGGCUGGGCCUGAGCUCACCUAAGAUGGACUGAUGCAAAGUGGAAAGGUGUUCUGUGGUCUGACGAGUCCACAUUUCAAAUUAUAAUAGGAAACAGAGGACGUGGUGUCCUCCAGAACAAAGAGGAAAAUAACCAUUCAGAUUGUUAUAGGCGCAAAGUUCAAAAGCCAGCAUCUGUGAUGGUAUGGGGUGUAUUAGUGCCCAAGGCAUGGGUAACUUACACAUCUGUGAAGGCACCAUUAAUGCUGAAUGGUCCAUACAGGUUUUGGAGCAACAUAUGUUGUCAUCCAAGCAACGUUAUCAUGGACGCCCCUGCUUAUUUCAGCGAGACAAGUGUUACAAAAGCGUGGCUUCGUAAAAAAAAGAGUGCGGGUACUUUCCUGGCCCGCCUGCAGUCCAGACCUGUCUCCCAUCGAAAAUGUGUGGCGCAUUAUGAAGCGUAAAAUACAACAGCGGAGACCCUGGACUGUUGAACGACUGAAGCUCUACAUAAAACAAGAAUGGGAAAGAAUUCCACUUUCAAAGCUACAACAAUAAGUUUCCUCAGUUCCCAAGCGUUUAUUGAGUGUUGUUAAAAGAAAAGGUGAUGUAACACAGUGGUGAACAAGCCCUUUCCCAACUACUUUGGCACGGGUUGCAGCCAUGAAAUUCUAAGUUAAUUAUUAUUUGCAAAAAAAAAAUAAAGUUUAUGAGUUUGAACAUCAAAUAUCUUGUAUUUGUAGUGAAUUCAACUGAAUAUGGUUUGAAAAGGAUUUGCAAUCAUUGUAUUCCAUUUAUAUUUACAUCUAACACAAUUUGCCAACUCAUAUGGAAACGGGGUUUGUAUUUGUGCCUUCAAAUAUUUGCCUUCAACUCCUUGUUGAUUGUAUUUAUUUAUUAAUUUUUUUUAAAAAUAUACCUGUUUUGUUAUAUGUGAACCUGAUAUAAUUGAGAAAUUCAACAUGUUUUACAACAAUAUAACCAAUGUAACGUCCAUCCAUCCAAUGUAACAUUAUCAACAGAUAAUGUUACAUUAUUGCAUUCAAUUUAUACACGUACACAAACGCAACAACUACAAUCGACAUUUGGAGUUUGUAAACAUGAACAACAGAAACAAAAUUGUUGAGAAAAAACACUGCAAGGCAUCUAUCUUGUCAUCCAAAUAUUUAGUGAGGAGUAAAAUGAUGAUGAAACUUUGUGAGUGAGUGACAAUAAUUCGAUGUGUGUGUCACUUUAAGAAAAAAACAACAUGUGACCUACACAACUGCUGUGUCAUUUGACUGUGAAGAACCAAACUGUUUAUUCUUUUGACUCACAAGUGACAGCUCGUACUGAAAGAAGUCAAGAGUGUCGUGUGAGGCCUUUGACAUCGGUUUGCGUCUUCAUCAUCGAUUUAAAUGGAACUAAGAAAAAGGAAACAUUCCCAAGUGUGGGAUCAUUUUGAUCUUGUAGCGCCAUACAAGAUGAUUGCGUCCCAUGACAGUCUGGGGUCUACCCCGCAUCUCGCCCGAAGUCAGCUGGGAUAGGCUCCAUCUUUCACCCCGCCUCUCACGCCAAGUCAGCCGGGAUCGGCUCCAUCUCACCCGUGAUCCCGAUGAGGAUAAGCGCCAUAGAAAAUGUAUGGAUGGAUACACUUUCCCCAGGACAAGGCCUUAACUGCUGAGUUGGUGUCCAGCAGUGUGUCCCGCCUUGCUCGCUUUGAUACCGGCCUUCAACACCCAUACUACCACCUGGCUGUCCCUGGUCACAGUCUGAAUGAUAUCUCUGUCCUGUGUAAUUAUUGUCACCUACAAAAGCUGGAGCUGCCACACAACAACAUCACAGAUCUGUCCUGCGUGAGCCACAUGCCUUUCCUCACCAUCUUGGAUGCCUCUCACAACAAGAUAUCUGAUUUCUUUGGCUUCCAGGCCCCUAAAAACCUGAAGGAUGUCAACUUCUCCCACAACUGUCUAACACAAAUGAAGGACUUGUCGGACUACCCAACUCUGAUGAAGCUAGAUCUAAACCACAACAAACUCACUGAGGUCAUGGGCUUGGAAAAGUGCUGCAAGCUGACCGAUCUCGACCUGGCUUACAACAACAUCUCCAGCAUCAGCAGCCUGGAUGCUGUACCACUCACACACCUCAACCUGAGAGGGAAUCAACUGAAGGGCACGGAAGGCUUGGAGAACCUGAAGAAUCUGCAGGUUCUUGACUUGGCUAAGAACCACAUCACUAAUCUCUCUGGCCUCCAGAACCUGCACAUGCUGGGCUUCAUCAACCUGGAUGAGAAUGAGAUUAGUGAGAUCGAGGAGUGCAAACACAUCCAUGAUCUUCUCCUGCUGAGGGAACUGAAUCUGCUGGGUAACCCUGUGCAGGAGCAGCCACAGUACAGGCUCUCAGUGAUCUUUCUUCUCCAGCAUCUGACCAUGUUGGACCAAAAAAGAGUCACUGUUGAGGAAAAGGUUACGUCCAUCAACAAGUACGACCCCCCUAUGGAAGUGGUAGCAGCCAGGGAUCACAUGACCCAGCUGAUGUAUCAGCUGAUGCAGCCCCAGCUACUCUAUGAUAGCACUCUACCCAGUGACGAUGCUCCGUAUCCUAUGCUGGUUUUGACUGGUCCACAAGGCUGCGGGAAAAGGGAACUAGCCCAUCGUUUGUGCCAAGAUUUUGACGAAUACUUUGCAUACGGAAUCGGACACACCACCAGAGAGCCCUACUUUGGAGAGGAGAACGGAAAUGAUUACCAUUUUGUCAAUGAAGAGGAAUUUCAGCAGCUGGUACUAUCGGGUGCAUUCCUCCAGACUGUCCAAUAUGGUGGCCAUAGGUACGGCUUGAGCAGGGAAGCCAUCGAAGACGUUGCAAAGGAAGGACUCGCAUGCUGCGUGCACAUGGAACUUGAAGGUGUGUUGAGUCUGAAGAAGAGCAUCUUUGAACCUCGCUACAUCGUCCUCCUGCCCACCCUGCGUGAGAAGUACAGAAACACCCUGGGAACUAGAAACUUGUAUACGCCAGCCCAAAUUGAAACGGCGGUGUCGCGCAUCGACCUCUACACCGACUUCAACAGGAAACGUCCCGGCUUCUUUGAUAACGUCAUUCCCUGCGAUGACCUGAACGAUGCCUACCUUGUGCUAGAGGAGGUGGUGAAGGACUACCUGUUGCUGAACGAUCGGGAAGAAGGUGAGGUGCACAAGGAGGAGCAGCCAAGGUCAGGAUUCGCCACUUCAUCCCACCCAUCCACUGCUGCGCUCGACCCCUCACUCCCGCGCUACAAAAACUACUGCACGAAGAUCAGGGAACAACUUGCCCCCAGCAAGACCCCUGCUGAGCUGGCUUCCAUCCGGCGGCGGGAGCAGCCGGCGAGAGAGGCAGUAGUGGGGAAGAGUCCAGGGGUCAACAGUCGUUUCAUCAGAAGCUCCUGUGAAUCUCUGGUCAGUUCUGCAUCCAGUUGGCCACGAGGUGGCGAUGUCCUUGGACUUACAGUAGAAACACUCAAAAGUGACAAGCCAUGGCAAGCGCUUGAAGCCACAGCCGUCACAGUGCCACCAACUGAUCGACUUCCCGGAUCCAGCAUCAAGCCCAUCCUGCCACCCAUCCCACCUGGACGCAAGACCCCUCAAGCGAACAGCCCGAUGCCGUCACCCAGCCGCCUGCACGAUGCCAUCAGAGCGGAAGACAAGGCCAACAUUCAGGCGUAGUGUCAAGGUUUUUGAAGACAAUGUCUGUCAAUGGCUCUGCUCCAAAGCAAACACUUCAUCUUGUCUUCUUGUCUUGUCCUUCUGCUUCUGCUUGAACAUGUUAAGCUCCUUUUUUUUUUAAACUUUCGUAAUUUUUGCUGCCUUUCCCUUAAACUCAUCAAUCUUGGUGCAUUUUUUAAACUUUCAUUUUUUAUGACUUUUUGAAAAGUUUUGUCAUUUUUGGUGCAUUUUUUUAAACUCCUAAUUUUUGGUGAUUUUUUGAAAAGUUUUGUCAUUUUUGGUGCAUUUUUUUUCCUCUCGUAAUUUUUGGUACAUUUUUUUAAACUCGGAAUUUCUUGUGCCUUUAAAAAAAAUCAACCUCAAUCAUUUUUGAUGGCUUUUUAAAAGUUUUGUCAUUUUUGGUGCAUUUUUUUUUACCUCAUUUUUGGUCAUUUUUUUAAAUGUUAUUUGUCAUUUUAGGUGCAUUUUUAAUUAGUCAUGGAAGACAAUGUAGCCUAUUUAAAAGUUGCACAAAUGGGUGUGCGAACGCGUGUCGUAGUUAGUUCCUCAUAAAUAGGAAAGCACACCUGGCCAUCCAUCACUGUCUGUCUCGCUCUCAAGGCAGCAGAUGUUGCAGUGCCGUCAUAAUUCUUUGGCAGAUAUUGUCUGUCUGGGGCCCCCUGAGGUCCAACCUACUUAGGCUGCAGUCCGCUUUCUACAAACUCACAUUGUGUCGGCCUGUGAAACAAUCCCUGACCUUUUUGGUCAUAGUACAUGAUGAAUAACCAACCAUUCAAGUAAAACUUCUUUAAUGUGCUUCAAUGAAAAGCCAACAGUUAUACACACGAUUUUGUUUUCUUGCCAACAAAGCAGCAAAAGGACAGAGGCAACUGGCAGGAACAUGCACACCAAUAAAAUGACUCCAAAAACAUCACUAUAAGGUUAUUUAUACUAUAGAAUGAAAUGCAUAUUGGAAUAAGAAAGACAAUACAGUGGUACCUCUGUUUUUGGUAUCAACCCUUUCCAAAGCCGCUGUUGAAAACCAAAUCAUAGGAAACAAUGUAAAUCCAACUAAUGUGCUCCAACACCAAUAAAUAUUAACACAUUUUUACAGAGAAUAAUGAUGGUUUUAUAUACAGAAAAUAAUGUGAUAUACAUUUAAAUGAAAGGGGUGCAUCAGCAAAAGUAAUGGAUAUGAGCUUGCAUGUAAAAUGUGUGACGCAAGCUCCGAUACAAGCAGUCCUGCAUCAUGUUUACUUGUGCAAAGCGAGACAUUCAGUUAACAUCUAAAUGUACUGCAAUAAGCACACAGGUUGGUCUUUUCCUCUAUUUUAGUCAAGUCAUUUACAAAAAAGUCAUCAUGGUUGACUAUACUGUUCAGUAGUGUUUCUCACCUUUUUUAUCAUAUGCUGGCACUUGCAAAUUUGUUGUCCUAGUGGUGGAUACUUUUGCAAUCAGACUCGGUAAAAGCACGUACAGAGAGUGAGUCACUAACAUUUGUUUAAUCAUAUUUAAAAUUGAGACAGCGUAUAUGAAAACCUGAACAUUUUUGCCUGAAAAUCGAAUCAUACAAAAAACAAGGUUUGCUGUUCUCUCCUGAUAUUUGUUUCACAUAACACUGAGCAUGUUACUUGUUUGGGGAUUAGAGUUGGGGUUUUGUAGCGACAGUAUGCCAUAGCCAGCAACACACCGGUAAAGUAAUACAAAGUCUGCAGUCAUCCACAUAGUUUGGGGACGAAUGUUUAUGCUUUUAAGCAGUUCUGAAUAUGCAGUUUUAUGUUAAACUUUUUAGAUAAACAUUUAUAACAGAUGAAAAAUAAUGGCGAUGCUAUUUUUUGCCAGCCUGUCAAUGGGAUCGUUAGCAGUGAGCUGGCGGCAUAAGUGGCAACAAUUUUUUUUUUUUACUCUAUGGUUUAAUUUCUUAUUUUAACUCCUAUCAGGCUGAAUUUUAGAUUUGUCAUGCUUUUCCACUUUGUUGCAAAGUAUAUGUUCAGUUUUACGGUAUUUUCAUUCGGAAUAUUAAACGACCCCGACUUGGAUGUUUUUUUCUGAACAAACGGACUGUUUGCCUAUCCGUCAAUUACUAAAGACCAACUGUCACGCCUAUGGUUCAUGUUUUGUUUUGGUCAUGUUCGGUUUAGUUUUUUGGACAUUUAUUUCUGUUUUGCAUUUCCUUGUUUGUUUUGUUACCAUGCCAACUCAGUUUUCAUUUGUCAUGUCUGAUCAUGAGUUUGUAUGGCCAUACGACCCUGAGCAUCCCCAAUCUUGUUUGUUCUCAAAGCUAAGCAGUGUCUGUCCUGGUUAGUACUUAGAUGGGAGACUGCCUAGGAAUACAAGGUGCUGUUUGACCUUUGGACUCUUUAAGUUCCCUUUUUCACUCCCUGUUUUGUCACAAUGACGACCAAUCAGUUCACCUGUCUUGUCUCACACCUGUUUGCACUUAUCAUGUUCAUUAUUUAAGCCAGAGUUACCAGGUAGUCAGGCUGGCAACAUCACCUGCACCCAUGAUAUCCAUGCUGCUUUUCUCAUACCCUUGUCACAGUAAGUUUUCUUGUCAUUUAUGCCACGGUGCAAGUGUUUGUUUCAUGUUUAUAGUUAAUUGCCUUUGUGCUAGUCAUUUGUUUCAUAGCCCAGUUUUUUGUACCGCCAUUGUGCACGCUUUUUGUUGGUUCCUAUUUUUAGUUUUAGUGUUAAAAUAAAGAUGUCUUUACUUUCA